AUGGCUGAGAUGUUUGUGUUCACCGUCACCUUCCCCCCCCUCGGCAUUUCCCGGCCCCCGCAUCCGGCUAUUGUACCCCCCCAUCCGGCCGGAUCCAGCCCUGGUGCAGGGGAGGAACCGGGAAUUUGGGAGGAAACGGGAAGGCUGGCCAGGGCCGGCAUGGCGGGCGGCUGGGAGACAGCGCUGGGCCUGGGGCUCUGCCUCGCCGCCCUGCACCGCGGAGGCUGCCGCCUCCCCAGCAUGGCCACGGCACCCCAAACUCCAGCUGUGCUGCGGGACAAUUUCCGCCUGCAGCCGGGUGAUUUGGUGACCACAGCGGGACAGGCGUUGGAGCUGGAUUGUGUCCCCCCCUCCGGGUACCCUGAACCCUACAUUACCUGGAAGAAGGACGGGGUGACCUUGGACUUGGUAGGUGGCAGGUACACGGUCACCAAGGGGAAGUUGCAGGUGGCAUCGGCACAACGGAGCGACUCCGGUCUCUACAUCUGUGUGGCGGCCAAUGCGGCAGGCAAGAGGGAGAGCCGGGGUGCCCGCGUCUCUGUGCUGGAGAAGCCAAGCAUUGUGCGGCACCCCAGCGACGCCGUGGCAGUGCCUGGCAGCACUGUGGAGCUGGGUUGCAGUGCCCGAGGUGACCCAGUGCCACAGGUGCAGUGGCACAAGGAGCAUGGAGACCUGCCCUGGGCCAGGCAUGAGGUGGACCAGGAGCACACUCUGCGCCUCUAUGCCGUGACGUCCGCCGAUGCCGGCGCGUACGUGUGCACAGCGCAGAGCCAGCUGGGCACCGCCGCCGCCACCACCUUCCUGCACGUGCAGGACCGGCCGGCCACGGGCCAACAGGACACAGUCCCCCGGGACCUGCUGGCCGUGCGGCUGCACCUGGACAACGGCACUGCACUGCCCACUGCCGCUGUCCAGCUCCGCUGGCAGAUGCUGAUGCCGGUGCCGGUGCCCGUGGGCUACGUGGUGCUGUACCGCAGCCUGCUCCCGGUCGCCACCUCCUGGGUCCAGCACGAUGCAGGCAGAGAGCUCAGCGCCAUCAUCCCUGCGCUCCGCAGGGGCUACAAGUACGAGUUCAAGGUCCGACCCUACACCGGAGGGACCCAGGGCUCAGACAGCAACAGCAGGCACCUCUGGAUACCCGAGGAAGUGCCAAGUGCAGCGCCCCAGCGUGUCACCGUCAGCCAAGAUGAGGCAGGGAACGGCACCGUGGUCGUGAGCUGGGAGCCACCUCCUCCUGAAGCACACAACGGCAUCAUCCGGGGCUACCAGGUCUGGUCAAUGGGUGAGGGCUGGCAGCAUCCCACCAACAGGACCGUGGACGGAGCCACCCGCCGCCUGGAAACCCUGCUCCCACACCCCGGGGCCGAAUUCUGUGUCCAGGUGGCAGCGUUCAACAGCGCAGGGCUGGGGGUCCCCAGCAAUGCCACGUGUGGAGUCCUGGGGCUGGCAGCAGGGAGCAGCAGGGUGGUGCAGGCACUGCGGCAGCCUGCUGUCAUCGCAGCCGCUGGUUCCAUGCUCUGGCUGGCCUUACUCGCCCUCCUCCUCCUCCUCUGCCAGCGCCGUGCCAGCCAGGACGCUGCAGCUCGCCACAGGCUGGUGGCUGGUGACUCUCCAUGGCUUGGUGGCCCCUGGAAACCCAGCUGUGCCCCCCGAAACCUCAGCAGCAGCAGCAGCCUCAGCAGCCGGCUCCUGGGCAGUGAUGGCAGGGACCCCCACCCCUCCACCCUCUCCUUGGAGCCGUCGAGCCUUGGCCCCCCCACGCCCCCCAUCCACAGCAGCCUCCGUGGGGGACACCCACCACCCCUCGGGGACAUGGGGUGCUGCAGUGGGGGGCACCCCGGGAUGCAUUCCUCACCCAGCACCCCAAACCCAGCACCCUGGGAGCGUGUUCGCAAGAGAGAGCUGCACCAAGUGCACAGCACCCCGGUGCUCGUAGCUGGCCCCAGCCACACCCCUGUCACUGGAACUGGAGGCGAGUGGGGGACAGAUUUUGGGCUGGCAGCCAGGCAGCCUCAGCAAAGGGGACACGAGGGUGACACCACCGCUGCCAUGAUGGACAGCAGGGACCCACGGCUACCAGUCUUCAGCUCUCCAAAACCACAUCGGGGCUGCACCUCUCUGGCCUCUGGUGUAACCACGUCACCAGUGACACCCCCGAGACCACCCCAUGCCUGGCACCCCCCAGUGACACGGUCCCCGACCUUUGUGUGCCCCAGGGACACAUCUCUGGUCACCAGGCAUCAAAAGGACACGUCCCCAGUCACUGGGAUCCCCAGGGACAUGUCCCCAGUCACUGAGAGCCCCAGGGGUGUGUCACCAGCCACCAGGAACCCUAGGAACAUGUCCUUGGUCAGUGAGCACCCCAAGGACAUGUUCCUGGACAGCAGGCAUUCCAAGGAUGUGUCCUCAGUCACCACCAGGAACAUGUCUCCAGCCACCAGGCACCACAAGGAUCCAUCACCAGCAACCAAGCACCAGAGGGACACAGUCUUGGCCGCCAGGCAGCCUGAGGACACCUCCCUGGUCACCAGGUGCCCCAGAGACCCAUUACUAGUAGCCAAGUGCCAGAAGGACAUCUCACUGUCCACCAGGCACCCCAAGGACGUGUCCCCAGCCAGCAGGCACCCAAAGGACACAUCCCCAGGCACAAGGCUCCCCAGGGAGAUGUCACCAGGCACGAGACUCCCCAAGGAGAUGUCCCCAGCCACUAGGCACUGCAGGGACAAGUUCCUGGCCUCCAGGUCCCCUGAAAACAUGUCACCAGCAGUAAGGCACCCCAGGGACACAUCUCCAGCCACCAGGUGUCCCGAAGAGGUGUCUCCAGUCACUGGUAACCAGAAGGACAUGCUCUUGGACACCAGGUACACUAAGGACAUGUCCCUGGCCAGCGGGCGCCUCUCGCCAGCACUCAGCGAUGGGGUCCUCACACAACAGCAGGUGGCUGAGGUCCUGGAGAUGGACCAAGACACUACCUGCUGCAGACCCCCGGCACCGACCACACCACGGUCCUUCUCACCGCCGCACACCUACGGCUACAUCUAUGGGCCACCAGCCUCUGAGCUAGGUGAGGAGGAGGAGGAAGAAGAGGAGGAGGAGGAAGAGGAGGAGGAGGAAGAGCACACAGCAACGGGGGGCUCACCAGGAGGGUCACUGCUGAACGGCUGGGGGUCUGUCUCGGAGGACAACUUUGCCAGCACCCGCUGCAGCUUGGUGAGCUCCUGCGACGGCUCCUUCCUCCUGGAUGCCAGCUUUGCCCGGGCACUGGCCGUGGCUGUCGAUGGCCUCUGCUACAGCCUUGAGGACACCGACGGGGCCUACGGGGGUCCCUCACCACCACCAUCGCCCUUGGAGCGGGUCUUCCCACCCGGAGUCCACUCUGCCACCUGGGACUGGUGGAAAGUACUGGAAGUCCCACAGAGAACCAGGACAGAGGCAGCCGUGAACAGCAGCUCACAGAAUGGUGGCCAAGGGUCAGGGAUUGGCAGCCAGGGAAGGUGGUGAGCUGCGGACAGGAGGGACAGGAGCGUGGCAGUCCCCAGGGCGCAGAACACAGCAAGGCCAGACCCCUUGGCUCAGCUAAAAUCCAGCUUUAUUAGGCAGCUCCCCAAACAGGGGCUCUUUACUAGGAAAAGCCACCCACAAAGGGUGGGUGGCACCUAGGUGGGUGGGUGUCCCUACUUAUUCAGCAUUCUUGUCCUUCCCAAGUGUCCUCCUUCUUCAACAGUGUCCCCAUCCCUCCUCAGCAUCCCCACCCCUUCCCAAAUUCCUCAUUCCUCCCCAGCAUCCUCAUCUUCUUCAAGAGUCUGCAUCCCUCUAAGUGCCCUUGUCCUCCCUCAGUCCUGCUCCUUCACCAGCACCCUCAUCCCCCCUAACUAUCCUUCUCCAGCCCAAGCACUGUUGUCCACACCAUGUCCUUGUCUUUCCCUAGGGCUGUUGACCCCCUGACCAUCCCCAGUCCCACUGACUAUUCCCAUUCUUUCCAACUGUCCUUGUGAUCUCUGAUAGUUCACGUCCUUCCUGAUCAUCCUUGUCCCACCUUUUCUAUCAUUGUCUCUCCCCAAUGUUCUCAUCCUUCCCAAGCCACCUGAGUGGCCUUGUGCUCCCUCUAAAUGUCCUUGACCUUCCUAAUCAUCCUCAUUCCCAGGGUUCUCAGCCCUCCUGAGUGUCCUCAUCUUUCAUCAGUUGUUUUGUCCCUCAUGCCAAAUGUCCCCACUGUCCUCAUCCCCCUACAGCCAUCCUCCUUGUCCCUUACUACUGUCCUUGUCCCUCCCAAGCCAUCUUGUUUUUCUCUUCCCUCCAGCAAUCCUCAAUCCCCUAGAAAUCCUUGUCCUUCCUCCAUGUCCUCCUCCCUCCAGGCAUCCUUGUCCCCCAGCAUCCUUGUCCCUCACCAGCACCCUCAUCCAUCUGCUGUGUCCUUGUCCCUCCCAUGUAAUCUUGUCCCCCACCAACUGUCCCCUUCCUUUUCAACCACCUCACCCCUCUCAGACGUCCUUGACCUUUCCCAGCAUCCUUGUUCCUCCCAGCUGUCCUUGUCUCCAGGAUCCCUGCCCCACUUACGCAUCUUCCUCAUCCCCCCCCUACUGCCCUCCUUCCUCUUCUGCUCAUCUGUCCCAACUGUUUCUGUCCCCAGGGUUCAUGCCCUUCCUUGAGCAUCUUCCUCGUCCCUCCUGAGCAUCCUUGUCCAUCCCCAGGGUCCUCAUUCCUUGUGAAUUCCUUACCCCACCCCAAGAAUCCCUGUCCCCCCUCACUCUGACGCCCGCUGGCCGCGAUCUCUGUGCAACCUUAUUUCCGCGGAGCCACUCAGAAAUUAAAGAACAUCCCUCCGUGUC